GGCAUUAUUUGUAUUCCACAUGUAAUUCUUCUCACAACUCCUUAAUCACAGUCACUAGAAGAAGAGGUUUUAUAUAGUAUCAUGUAUUUUACUUGAACUUCAUUAUGAAAAGUAUAAUGACUUUCGUAAACUACCAUGCUCACAGGCUUUUACUAUUAUUACUAUUGAAGAUCUUCAACUCUAGAUAAUACUUUACUAACCGAAGGGAUACCAACCAGUUGUGAAGCGGCUUAACCAAUGUUACGAGUUAUAGAUAUUAAAUCUCUCCAACACUCCUCUAUGAAGAGGCUUUUGAAUACUUUGCUUUAAGAAGUAAUGAUGAUUAAUAUCAUUAUUUAGAAAAGUGAUUCUAUUGACAAGUGAUGCCUUAAGAAGUGAUCAUUUGUUGGUUUGUUUGUGUAGAAUAUAUAUAUAUAGAUAUAUAGAUAUUUCUGUACGUGUUUUUAUGAAUGUGGUAGUUCCGAUGCUCAUACUACAGGUAUCGGAUUUGAGGAGGGAAAAGUCUAUCAUAUUAUACGUAAGUAUGAAGCGAUCUAUCUGUCGCCCCCCUAUAUUCAUUCCAUUUCCUUGCCUUUUUAUAUUAAUUUUCUUUAAGGAAACCAAUAUACCUUUUUUUCUUAUACAGUAUCGUGCAUUUUUCAUCAUGACACGUAAUUUUUCUACAUUUUUGGGGUUAGUUGAGCUUCUUGUGUUUUUGAUUUUUGAUUUCAUUUACGCCCACGCGUUGAGUUCGCACAAAAACAACCAUCCCGAGCUCGAGGAGUGCGCCCCGCAGGACUCACCGGACUUAGACACAUUGAAGGUCCUCGACAGCCUUGCCGCCGAGGUGGUUGAGAUUUAUAAAUAUCAACGCCAUCGCCUUACCGGGUCUAACACGCAUUAUUCUUACGUGGAGAAUGAUUACGUGACCUUGGAGGUGAAUCCGCGCAACCCUCCCGCAGACGGUCUCUCGUCGGAUGGGCUUUUCGCCCCCUCCCCACGUCGUCCGGUGAGUGCACUGCACGCCACGGUUGUACUUUGCGGGAUUGCCGCGCCGAUUUUCACCCUUCUUACGCUGCUUUUUCCCUCGGCCUUUUCCUGGGCUUUUUUUGUCUUCCCGACGUGGCUUUCGUACGUUUUUGUGGCCCCCGGGUUAGGGGCGACCGCGCUGUAUGUGGCGCGUGUUUUGAUGUUGUUGGAAUUGGUAGAGGUGUCGAAAACGCAGUGGAUCUCCAUGAUGUGGUUUAGGCUGGACUUUAUGUUUAUUAUGAGCACCGUUGCUUUUCUUGGGGUGGGGGCUUGGUUAGUGGCAAUUUGUAUUUUAAGCGUCUCCAUUUACUCUGUGCAUCGUUUGAUUAAAAUGGAGAAACAUCUCAAUCAAGUUCAGCGGGAUACUCAGCUCGUGCGGGGGGAAGUAGAUGUAAGCAGAGUGCUCAAGCCAGGUACGGCGGAAUCUAAAAAGGCAACGGGAAUCAUCGAUGGAUAUAGCGCGCUGGCUUCCUAG